CUCCUCCGGCUUCCCCACUGCUUCCAGGUUGGCGUUCCUCCUCCUGCGGCAGGUAAAGCCUUCCCGCGACCCGGCUCCUCCGGGAUCGGCCCCUCGCUCCCGCUGCCUCGUCCCCUUUCCCCUCCCCUUCCUUUCAUCUUUCCCCCCUUUCUUUACUACAACCCCCGGACCGGACCGGUUUUCCCGGGGGCAGCGGGGCGGGAGGAAUGAGCAGCGGGCUGGUGCUGCGCACCCCGCUCCCCGAGGACGCCUCCGUCUUCACCGCCCUGAAACCCGUCACCAUGUCCGGGGAACCCGGGGAAGACGCUCCCGUCUUUGAGGACAUCAAACCCCCUUCCCGGCCCCUGGAAAACCCGCCCGAGCUGGCGCAGCUGCACCCCCUGCGGAUGGAACAGCGGAUGCCGCCGCUCAUUCUCGAGGCACGGUCCGAAAUGGACAAGUACCUUUCAAACGAGGUGCCCCCCAUCUCAAUGCUGCCAGACAAGAAGUACCGCCGGGAGAGCGCCUCGGUGGUGGACGAGUUCUUCUCCACAGAGAAGCCGUCUUCCACCCCGUACAGCGUGAACAUCAACGUCAUCCUGCCCGACACGACGCACCUGCGCACGGGACUGUACCGGCCCCCCAAACCCAUGGCUCCCUUCCCGCAGAUCAAAACUGAGCCCGGCACCAGCUUUGCCCAGCCCUGCUCCUCUGCCUCCACGCAGACCCUGCCCGACUUCACCAGUGUCUUCAGCAUGCCCCAGUCGGUGGCGGUGAACAACAUCUUCAUCAAGCAGGAGCUGCCCUCCGAGAUCCCCUUGCCCACCAACCCACAGCAGCCCCAGCUUUACCAGAUGCCUCUUGGCAAUGGAAGUGCUGACAUCACCUCCCUGACAUCCUCCUCCAACACCACCACAGCCAUCAACAGCCUCAGCGGUGUCACCAUGUCCACAGGUAGCGCCAUGUCCAGCGUGGUCCACAGGCCUGUCCAGCCAGUGAAGCAGUACCCACACAUCUCCCAGGGACAGGGGAACUUCAGCAUCUCAGGGCAGUUCUACCCUGCCCCAGGGGUGAACCUGCCCCCGUCACCCCCCAACUCACAGCCUGGAAGCCCAGAAAACCAGCCUGAGCUCAUCAACACCAUCUCUCCCCCUCCAUCCUAUGAAGCCACGUUUGGACUGAAGUUGGUCCAGUCAUCCCAGGUCCCCCCAGUCCCCAAUGGCCUUGGGACCCUCUCCCAGGGGCACAUUGCCAUGCAGCCCCCCAAAUACAACAGACGCAACAACCCUGAGCUGGAGAAGAGGAGAAUCCAUCACUGUGAUUACCCAGGCUGCUCCAAGGUUUAUACCAAGAGCUCGCACCUGAAGGCCCAUCAGAGGACUCACACAGGUGAGAAGCCCUAUAAAUGCACCUGGGAAGGCUGCGACUGGCGCUUCGCCCGCUCCGACGAGCUGACCCGGCACUAUCGGAAGCACACGGGUGCCAAGCCCUUCAAGUGCCUCGCCUGUGGGCGCUGCUUCUCCCGCUCCGACCAUCUGGCUCUGCACAUGAAGCGGCACCAGAACUAGGACCUGUCCCCGUUCACCUCUCCAAGAGCAGCUGAAACUCUUCAUUCUUUCCCAAGGGGACCUCUCCUCUUCUUGUAUGUAAGAACAAACCCAUGCUGUGAUCAACUGGAGGGGCAGGGGUAGGGGAUGCCCCCUCUAUAGCCCUGUCCCCAACUGCUUCUGGUUUUAAAGGAAAUCUUCUUUCUAAAGAGCUAUAAUUAAAGACUUGAUCUCAUGA